AUGCUGCGCGGCGGAGCCCCCCUGGCCGCGCUGCUGCUGGCGGCGCUCAGCCUGGCCCGCGGGGAGCCCCCGGCCGUGCCGGGCUGCGGGAUGGAGGCUCCGAGCCGCCGCGCCGCGCCCCCGCAUCACCCGCACGGGCUGUACCCGCACGGGCCCGCCGCGCACGGCGCGCCCGGAGCCGCAUCCCCGCGGGGCCGGAGACCGCGGGGAGCCAGGGCAGGAGGAGGAGAAGAGCCGGAGGGCCGGGGCCGGAGCCGGGGGGAGAGGCGGCGGGGCCGGGAGCCGCAGGUGCCGGACCCUCCCCGGGAGCGGCCGCUGCCCGCCCUGUACUUCUCGGGCGGCCGAGAGCAGCUGGCGGCGCGGGCGGAGGCGCUGCCCGCAGUCCCGCGGGAGGAGUUCACCCUGGAGCUGUGGGUGAAGGCGGAGGGCGGACAGAACAACCCGGCCAUCAUCGCAGGUGUCUUCAACAACUGCUCGCACUCAGCCAGCGACAAGGGCUGGGCGCUGGGUAUCCGCGCCCUGCAGCUCGGCGGCAAGAAGGACGCCCGCUUCUUCUUCUCUCUCCGCACGGACCGGGCCGCCAGAGCCACCGAGGUGACCUCGCACCACCGCUACCGCCCCGAGGCAUGGACACACCUGGCCGCCAGCUACGAUGGGCGGCGGAUGGCCCUGUACGUGGAUGGGGUGCGGGUGGGCCGCUCCGGCGGGCAGCAGGGCCCGCUGCACAGCGCCUUCAUGUCCUCCUGCCACACGCUGCUGCUCGGCGGGGACGCCUGGGGCACCAGCCACACUUUCCGCGGACACCUGGCCGGGCUGGCCCUGUGGCGUGGUGCCCUGGCCCAAUCCCACCUCCAGCGUUCCUUCCUAGAGGAGGUGCCUGGGCAGACGGCGGGGCUGGCUCUGGCCGCUGGCUUUGCCACCCCGGAGGAAUGCUGGACGCCUUUUCGGGAGGGUGCCUUUCCCCAGCAGUGGGUGCUGCUGGCCCCACCAGCCCCCGUCCUGCGGCCGCUGGGCCCCCCGGCCUGCGGGCAGACCGCCUGCGAUAACGUGGAGCUGGUGUCCCACUACAACCAGCACUGGCCGCUGCGCAGCUGGAAGGUGGCGCGGUACCGCGUGGUGAACCUGGCCGAGGACGACGGCGGGCGGCCCACGGUCAGCUGGGAGCAGAUCUGGCGGCAGCACCGCGCUCUGAGCGAAGCUUUCCGGCCCUACAACAUCUCCUGGCAGCUCAGCCUGCUGGAGGUGAACAACUCCUCCCUGCGCCGCCGUGCCGUGCUGCUGGGCUGCGAGCCCAGCAAGGUGGGCAACGAGCGCUGCGACCCCGAGUGCGAGCACCCCCUCACGGGCUACGACGGCGGCGACUGCCGGAGGCCCGGCCGCUGCUUCUCCUGGAAGCGCCGCGACGGCGUCUGCCACAUGGAGUGCAACAACAUGCUGGACGACUUCGAUGACGGCGACUGCUGCGACCCGCGGGCCACCGACGUGGCCAGGACCUGCUUCGACCCGGACUCGCCGCAGCGGGCUUACAUGAGCGUGAAGGAGCUGAAGGAGGCUCUGAAGCUGAACAGCACCCAUUUCCUCAAUAUUUACUUCGCCAGUUCGGUGAGGGAAGAGUUGGCUGGUGCUGCCACUUGGCCGUGGGACAAAGAGGCCCUUAGUCACCUGGGUGGAGUUGUCCUCAACCCUGCUUACUACGGCAUGCCUGGCCACACCAACACCAUGAUCCACGAGGUGGGGCAUGUCCUGGGGCUCUACCACGUCUUCAAGGGAGUGAGUGAGCGGGAGUCUUGUGAUGAUCCCUGCAGGGAGACCACUCCAUCCAUGGAGACAGGAGACCUCUGUGCUGACACUGCCCCCACCCCAAAGAAUAAACUCUGUCGGGAUCCAGACCCUACCAAUGACACCUGUGGCCAGACACAUUUCACAGGAACACCCUUCAACAACUACAUGAGUUACACAGAUGAUGAGUGCACCGACAGCUUCACCCCCAACCAGGUGGCCCGCAUGCACUGCUACCUGGACCUGGUGUACCAGCGCUGGGGACACAGCAGGAAGCCAGCGCCCAUCCCGAUCCCCCCCAUGGUCACCGGGCAGACUCAGCACUCCCUCAGCAUCUACUGGCUGCCUCCCAUCAGCGGCGUCCUCCACGAGAGGGAGCAGGACAGGCUGUGUGACAGCUGUGCUGAGGAUGGCACCUUCCGGCAGUACGUGCACGAGGCCUCCUCCCCGCGCGUCUGCGACUCCUCCGGCUACUGGACCCCAGAAGAAGCAGAAGGUCCUCCAGACGUGGAUCAGCCCUGUGAGCCCAGCCUGCAGGCCUGGAGCCCGGAGCUGCACCUGUAUGACAUGAACAUGACGGUGCCGUGUCCCCAGCCGCACGGCUGCAUCCUGGAGCUGCGCUUCCUGCACCCCGUCUACCCCGACUCCCUCACCCUCUGGACCACCUACCUCUCCACAGGCUCUCCCAAGGCACUGUCUGACAUUGAAAUCCUGACAGAGCAAGGGGAGUCCAUCCACCUGGGCCCCCUGGACACCUUCUGCGAUAUCCCCUUUACCGUGAAGCUCAAUAUCCCCAAAAAGAUGUCUGGAGUUAAAAUCUACACCUUUGACGAGAGGAUGGAGAUAGACACAGCCCUGCUGACCUCCAGGCCCCAGAGCUCCCUGUGCUCUGCCUGCAGACUGAUCCAGUACCGGGUGCUCCGUGACCCCCCCUUUGCAGACGGGUCCCCUGCCACCCCCCUGCAGGGACAUCGCCACUUCAUGGACACGGAAGUCACUCCUGGGCAGGUGUACCACUACCAGGUGCAGGUGGUCUCUGGGACAACCUCAGGAGAAGCGUCCCCACCGCUCGUCCAUGUGCAUGGAGCACCCUACUGUGGGGAUGGGAAGGUGGCCACGAGCCUGGAGGAGGAAUGUGAUGAUGGGGACUUGCUGGAUGGAGAUGGUUGUUCCAGAAAGUGUAAAAAGGAAAAAGGCUUCAACUGUGUUGGGGAGCCAAGCCUGUGCUACGUUCACGAUGGGGAUGGUGUGUGUGAGCCCUUUGAGAGGACAAGCAGCAUGCUGGACUGUGGUCCCCACACUCCUGAGGGGUUUGUGGAUCUGUGGGCAGUGAGAGCUUACUCCUCCCAUCAGGAUGCAAAGUCCUGCCCUGCUUCCCUGGUCACUGGAGAGCCUGUGGUGAAGCAAGCUGAAGAAAGCCAAGAGAAUACUCAGGACCCAAAUGAGAAGAUGCUUUUGGGUGACGAGGGAGUUUGGCUCAAGGUUUGCUUUGAGAGACCUGCAGUGACCACCUCUCUCCUGCUCUUCCUGGCCUCCUCUGGCUCUGUCCCAGGCCAGCAGCCCAAGCCGGUGGUUGCCGUGCAGUUGACUGACACAGAUGGACAGAACAGCUCUUUGGGGACGUACGAGCUGUCGUGUCAGCACAACCCCCUCAUCAUCAACGUGACCCACAGCCAGGAGGACCCGCUCCCCCAGGUUGCUUCGGUGCUUUUCAACUUCUCCUCUCCCCUUGUGGGCAUUGCAGCCGUGGCCUUGAGGACCCUGGCUCAGCCUGGCUCCUCUGAGCCCCUCAGCACCUGCCUCCUGCAGCACCAGGAGGGAUGUGGCCAUCAGUGCUACAGCUGUGCCCACGGUGCCUGUGUGGGAUCAGGAACCUGCACGCAGCCGCUGCUUGCUCACGCUGCCACCCUCAACUGCAGCUCGGAUGGCCCAGGGCACAUGGCAUGUGCUGUCUCCUGUGAAAAGGGCUUUGUCCUCCACUCCAAUGGUGGGAAGAGGCUGGGCUCCACGCAGGAGGUGGUGCUGACGUGCAGCUGGGGACAGUGGGACAGAUCUGUGACUUGUGACCCUGUUGACUGCCAUGUCCCUGACCAGUCCCUCGUGUACUAUGCCGAGUUCUCCUGCCCUCUGGGAACCACCUACCUGCAGAGAUGCUCCUUCUCCUGCAUCCCCCCAGCCAAGCUUCAAGGAACAAACCAGUGGCUCACCUGCCUGGAGGAUGGUCUCUGGUCCCUGCCCGAAGCCUUCUGCAAGCUGGAGUGCGAGGCGCCUCCCGCCGUGGCCAACGCCAAGCUCCUGGUGCCGCGGUGCCUGCAGGGCAGCCACGACGUGGGCUCAGUCUGCCGCUACAAGUGCAAGCCCGGCUACCACGUGCCGAGAGCACAGCAGACAAGCCUAAGAAGUAAGAAGUUCCUGAAGGUGCAGUGCCUGGAGAGUGGGCAGUGGGAGGAGGGACACUGUGUGCCCGUGGUCUGCCAGCCCCCGCCCCCCGUCUUCGAGGGCAUGUACAACUGCACGCAGGGCUUCGAGCUGGACAGCCAGUGUGUGCUCAGCUGUGAGCAGCAGGGACAGCAGGUUCCCAUCGUCUGCACUAAGGAGGGCUUGUGGACAGAGGAGUUCAAACUGUGUGAGAGCUUGCAGGGCACCUGCCCACCACCCCCAGAGCUGAACUUCGUGGAGUACAAGUGUGAGCAGGGGCAUGGCAUAGGUGCUGUGUGCAUUCCUUCCUGUAUCAUUCCUCCCAGUGACCCCGUCAUACUGCCCAGAAAUGUCACUGCUGAGACAAUGGAUCACUGGCUGCAGCCCACCAGAGUCCAGAACAUCGUGUGCACGGGCAGGCUGCAGUGGUAUCCGGACCCCUCUGUCAUUCACUGCAUCCAGUCGUGUGAGCCCUUCCAAGCAGACGGCUGGUGCGACACCAUCAACAACCGGGCGUACUGCCAGUAUGACGGCGGGGACUGCUGCUCCUCCACCCUGUCCUCCAGGAAGGUGAUCCCGUUUGCCGCCGACUGCGACCAGGACGAGUGCACCUGCCGCGACCCCGCGGCCGAGGAGAACCAGUAGCGGCGC